AGGGGGAGGGCGAAAAGAGAGGAGGCAAACAAUAGAGAAUCAAAGCAUAAUAAUAUUCCUAAAUGAAGAGGGAAAUGCUGCUCCGCUCAUUUUAUUAAUCAGACUGUCAAUUUCCCCCCCAAGAGGCCAAACCCAAGAGCGAUCUGAAACAGACUCAGAUACCAAGCCAGGGACGCGCACCUCUCCCCUCACUCCUCUCUUCCCUCUCCACUUGGAUAUUAUUCGUCUGACCGAAGGCCGCCUCCAUCAUCAAGUGACAGCCCUCUCCUGUUUAUUUGCUUAUAAACCUGUUACAAUAAAUGAUCAUUGGAGCAGCGUCAGUCCAGCAUUUUAACAACGGACACCGAGCACUUUUUUGAUGAAUGACUUUUUUAUUUUUCUUCUUUUUCUUUUUCUUUUUUUACUCUCGCCGCCGCAUGUGAGGAGGGAUGCGCGCCCGCAGCUCAGCUGCAUUCAGAUUCUUACAUGUUUUUUUGCGUCCUGCUUUAUAAAACGCUUGAUCCAGACACGGUGAAGCAGACUUUCAUGCGGAUUUAGCUCUGACAAAACUCAUCGGUGCGCCAGCCCAUCCCUGGACAAGUGUUGUGUCUACUGCCUUUUUUUUUUACCCCCCUCUUUUUUUUUUUUUUUUUUUUUUUUUUGGCUUGAUGAUGGAGAGGAUAAGAAAAGAGAUGAUAUUGAUGGAGAGGGGUCUGCACAGUCCUGUGGCGGGGAAGAGGCUCGGGGACGCGCCGGGAAAUUCGGUUCUGGAGGCCCUGGAGAACUCCCAACACGGCGGACGGCUGAGCCCGAGAAUAACCUCGGCUUCCCUUCACGGGAAUCUCGGGGACAUCCCGACGAAAGGCAAGUUUGAAAUAGAGAGUCUCUUCGGGACGCACCACGGCAGCGAGAACGCAUCUUCCGCGGAGAUUUCGUCGUCGGAGAGCAGGAAGAAAAUGAGCCUUUACUCCGAAGUUUCGCAGGAAUCCGACAUAAAUAGCGAUGUGGAGGUGGGAUGCCCUGCGCAUCGCUCCCCGAGCCAGCACAAGGAAAACAACAAGGGUUUUUCAGACAGUAAUUCAGCCUCCUCCAACACAAGCUCAAACUCCCUCCCCAACAUGAACGGAAACUCGGCGGGAGGAUCCAACAAUUCCAACACCGACCAGGUCAGGAGGUACCGGACCGCGUUCACCCGGGAACAGAUCGGGAGGCUGGAGAAGGAGUUUUAUCGGGAAAACUACGUUUCCAGACCGAGGAGGUGCGAACUGGCCGCAGCGCUGAAUCUGCCCGAAACUACAAUUAAGGUGUGGUUCCAGAACAGGCGGAUGAAGGAUAAGAGGCAGCGCUUGGCCAUGUCCUGGCCCCAUCCCGCAGACCCCAGCUUCUACACUUACAUGAUGACGCACGCGGCCGCCACAGGAAGUCUGCCUUACCCUUUCCACUCGCACAUGCCCCUGCACUACUACCCGCACGUCGGCGUCACGGCGGCAGCAGCGGCCGCCGCGGCCACCGGGGCCGCCUCGUCGCCUUUCGCCACCUCCAUCCGGCCCCUCGACACCUUCCGCGCCCUCUCCCAUCCCUAUUCUCGGCCGGAGCUCCUGUGCAGCUUCAGACACCCAGGACUGUACCAGUCGCCCGCGGGCCUGAACAGCUCGGCGGCGGCCUCCGCGGCCGCGGCUGCCGCGGCGGCUGCGGCGGCGGUCAGCGCGCCGUCCGCCUCCGGGCCCUGUUCGUGCCUGAGCUGCCACAGCAGCAGCCAGGCGGCCAGCGCGCUGGGCUCCAGGGGCGCCGGCGCUGACUUUACCUGCACGGCUUCCACGCAGAGAUCAGAGAGCGGCUUUCUGCCCUAUUCCGCCGCUGUUCUCAGCAAGACCUCGGUCCCGUCGCCUGACCAGCGAGAGGAGAGCUCACUUAACAGAUAACUGAUCACCCUGCCUAUAUAAGCGCAAGAACGAACAAAGAAGCACUGUUUGUUGUGUGGUCCGGGAGGUCGGUUUUUAGGGACGCACGUGUGAAUAAAGUGUUGUAAACAGACAGAUUUUAAUUUCCAAGCAGCCCUGUUUUCUAAAAAGCGACAUUGGACAGCAAAUACUGCUAUUCACAGCCACCAUUCCUCUGAAGACGUGCCCCCUGUUAUGGGAAUAGACCAGCUUUAGUGGCUGAGCUCAACAUAUAGCCCCUUCGCUGCUCCUCUGGUCUUUUCGUGCCCGACGGUUUCUUUUAUUCUUCUUCUUUCUUUUUUUUUGUCUUCCUCCGGGUGUUUCGUGAUCAGCCAGCGGCAGUCGAGAACAGACGAUUUAAAGUGUUCUUCGUUAGUCUGCUCAUAUUCAUUGAAUGGAAAAUGUGGUAUGAACCACCGAUUAUAUAAAACAAAAAUCUAACAGGAGGUCGUUCGUUUUUUGUUUUUUGUUUUUUUGUUUGUUUGACCACAGUCAUAAUCUGUCAUAUUUAAGAAGACUCAAGCGUUAUUAAAGUCCAAACAAUCAGUGGAAUUAGAGGGUGACAUGAAUCCUCGAAAAAUAAUAUGAAAAUGUGGUCAACUUACGAGGGAGCUUUAUUAUUUUUAUUUAUCUCCAUCUCAGUAUUUGCCAGUUCACCCGUUUCCAUUUCGUAAUUCUACACAAACCAUUUGUUUGCACUUCCACCACGGCUUAUGAAAUUAGUUUUGUUUUUAGUUAAAAUAUUGCAUUAAUUAUGAUAGAUAAAUAAUCAUUACUAUGCUUGCAUAGUAAAACUUCUUAUUACGCCUAUUUAUUUUUUUGUCCUAAUCUCUUUUUAAGGCCAGUUUAUUCUUAUUAAAUGUGACAGACUACCUGACCAAACCAAAAUAACGCUUAGGCAGCCCUGCAUAUAUUUGGAGUCGUAUAACCACAUGCCCUUACAUGAAGUAGAAUACAACGUAUUGCUUUAAAUUGCAGGUUCUUAAAUCAGCAAGAAACGCCCCCUUGGUCUGCGAACUGAUACGUGGUCGCUGAAGGAAAGUCCCGUGAGACAACACCGUUUCGUACCUGAAAAAAGUUGUAUACAAAACGAACAAAAUAGGAAAGGCACGAAAUGGCAAAGUUGCGAAAAUCAAUUGAAUUAACUUCGGAAGUCGAACCAUAAUCAAUGGAAACAGAAGGGAUGUAAAAUCUUUAAAAAUAUAUAAAUAUAAAAUAGGUUCGAUUCUUAUGAUUCCAAAUCUCCCUAAUUCAUCAUAAAAAGCAACUAUCAAGAGAAAUUAGCUGAAAUGCAACACAUUGAAUGUUUUUUCUCUCGUACGAAACGGAAGUUAAAAGCAUGAAAUGGGAUCCAAAAAACAAAAAAAAACUCAAGCUAAUAUGGAAGUAGAUGGGUACGAAAUGGAAGGAGGGGUGGGCGGAAUUGCGUCGCCUGGGUACGAAACGGAGAUAUGAGUUGGCGAAGGGGCUUGUUUGCAAACAAAGCAAAACAGUUUAAUUAGUUUUAUGUUUGCUUUUUCAAUCAAGGUGCCAUUUCAUAUUAAUGUGUUAAUUCUAGCUGUGGAUCCUAUAUUUUUGAAGUUUAAAGGUUCAAAUUUGACCUGGUUGUUUCUUUCAGCUUUAAGCUACAUUCUGUCAAAUCUUGAAAAGCAGAAGUGUUUUUUUUUUUUUUUUUUUUCAUUAUGAUGUUUUGCUUGGUCCAUCUUUCUUCACUAAGGCCCAACAACAAGCUAAUCUUUUGGCAGCAGUAUAGCAUCUCCAACACGCAGCCUGUGCUCUGCGGGGACGUCCCUAAUCAGCUAGAAGGUGCAUAUCAUUUCACAUCGCGUCUUCCGUGUCAAUUUUUAUGUUAAUAACGAGAGGAUCAUGACAAAAAUUGCCAAUCAUCGCACCUAGAUGGAGCUCCUUUGAAUACACGGCCGCAAGAAAAGUUGGUCGUUUUGAGACCCGCUGUCAAUCGCUAACAACCCGCGGAGGGAAGUCAUUAGACAUACAAAAGAGCUGGAACAAAGCGACACUCCUGGCACCCCGUACAAGGAGACCGGCUGACACAUGGAGGCUUUAAAAUGGUUCUGAUAAAGCAGCUUUCCAAGAGCACCCCCCCCCUCCCAAAAUGAUCCGCUGUUCCAAAUAAGGGGUGGAAAACCGGAUUCACACCGCAGGAUCUGCUUUAUUUACAUUACCGAACCUCGUUACAUCAGUCCAGUGUAUGUAAUUCCUAUAGGACCUGCUCUGCGCACACAAUGAUGGGACUGGACUCAGAUCAGAUAGCCCACAAUGCUUCACAGUGUGUCUGCACCUGUAAAAAAUAAAUAAAAAAAAAUAAUAAUAAUACAAAAUUUUAAAAUGUGCAUUUUAGUCGUUCCUGUUGGGACAUCAACAAUAUGUUAAUUCUGAAACAUGUGAACUGUAAAAAAAAAUAAUAAUUGUUUUUUUGGGAAAAUAUUCCUACUGAUAACUAAGGACUGAAUUAUUGAUGGGGGAAAAAACACGCACCAUGAAAUGUAAAUGGUAGGCAAUUUUUCAAACACUUUUCCUUUUUAUCUAAUUUAUUUUGUGUGACUUGAUGAAUGUUUGUUUUAAUGUUUAAACACUGGAAGGACCUGCCUAUUGGCUUGUGAAUUCAACGAUAACCCAAAUUCCACGAGCGAAAUAGAGAAUUAAUAUGAAGACGAAGAACAUUUCUUCACGGCCCUCUAAAUUAAUUUCUUUUUCCCUUUUUUUUUUUUUUUUUUUAAGUAUUAGCCUGUUUUUCUAUUGGGUCUGUGUCAAACUCUGUAUUUAAAAUAUCAAUGACUGUAUGAAUUUAAAUAUUUUAACUUGAAAAAAAAAUAUGUGCAAUAUGAAAUGUAAAUCCUGUUAUUUAUUGAUCGUGUUUGUUCUUGGAAAAAAAAAGAAAUAAAAAAAAUCUUUACACAAA